UGGGGGGUGGAAGGUGGCGCCGACCGCACCCCGACGUCGCGACGACAGUCUUCCAGCGUGGCUCAACAAGUACACGCGGUACUCGAACAGCGAUUCAAAUUGUUAAAGAUCACUUAAUAAAAUAUAAGUUGCUUCAUAUAAUGAGAUCUAAAGUAACGAGUGAAAGUAAUUGGGAAGCAAAGUGGACUGGACAAGGAAUACAAGAUAGUGGUACAGUACGUCGACCAUCAAGAAAGACAGAAAAAUUUAAAUUAUCAAAGUCUCCGCGAGCGUCUACAUCUAAAGAAAGGACACUUCGUAGAUUAGAAAGUAAUGAAAGAGAAAGAAUGAGAAUGCAUAGUUUGAAUGAUGCGUUCCAGUCUCUACGUGAAGUAAUUCCACAUGUUACUAAGGAAAGACGUCUUUCAAAAAUAGAAACUCUCACAUUGGCCAAGAAUUAUAUAGUUGCUCUUACUGAUAUAAUAUGUGCAAUAAGAAAUGAUGAAACCUCAACAAGUCAAAAAGUUGAAAUUUCGGAAUCCCGAGAACCACCGUGUAACACAAAUAUUUGUAUGGACAUAAAUACUCCAGCUUCGUCAAGAUCUUGCAGUCCAGAAGUUCAAAGCUUUUAUUAAAAAAAAGCAAAUUUUAAUGGAUUACAAUAGAAAAAAUAGUGAAACCAAAGCUACAAGUCUGUGAAAUAUUAACAAUGUAGAUUUAAAAUGAAUGUCAAACUUCAACAAGUCAUUUUAUAUAAUCACAUUUAUAUUCUUAUCAAGAUAUAGAAGAUAUAAAAAAUUAGUGCUGAUAUUUGCAUAAAAAAAUACUCAUUUUUCUUGUUUCAAAUUAGCUGACUUUAUAUAGAUAUUAACAAAAAUGAUAUCAACAUUCCUGAUAUUUAUCAGUAUUAUCUUUUGCAAUCUUAGUAUUAUUAUUUAUUAUAUGCUCAUUAUUAGAUAGUAUUACAUAUGCUCAAAUAGUACAAAGCACUAGGCAUUUGUUUAUUAAUAAAUAAAGUAAAUAAAGGUAUUCCAAAACUAGAGAAAUAUCUAUGUUUCUGCUAGAAUAUAUAGAUGUUUAAUAUAUGAAUUUAUUCAUGCAUGAAAAUAUUAUA